GAAAUGAACGAUUUGGUUGAUUUGGGGGUAAGUUCUGUUGCAGGAGCUGUGGUCUCUGAGCUCCUGAAAGCCGUGAUUGAAGAGGCUAAGUUGGUGGUGUCGUUCAAAUCUGUGUAUAUGGAGCUCGCAUCGACGAUGGAGAAAAUGCUUCCGAUAAUCAUGGAGAUCGAAAUGUUGCAACGUGCUGAAGAAUUACAGGAUCUCGAUAAUAUAAUAAAUGAAGCUCGUUUACUGGUUCGGAAGUGUUCACAAGUCAAGCGGUGGAACCUACCCUCGAAAGCUAAAUAUACAAGAAAAAUAGACGAAACCAACAAGAAGAUGCUCAAGUUCUGUCAGAUUCAACUUCAGCUUAUUAUGCUUCGGAACCAACGGCUGAUUAUGCAUCGAAUGGGACUAGAAUCGUCGUAUCAUGACGAGUUGCUGUCUCCCAGGCCGUACGACAAUCUGCCUCUGGAUACGAUGAAAGCCAUUCAAAGUCGUCUGAAAAGCCUCAAAAGGGAGCUCAACGCUUUGAGUGUUUCUCCGCCUGUUUCUAUGGAUCUUUUUUCUUCGGUCCCAGAGAUUGAUAAGGUUCUCGUUGGAUUGGAUUUUCCAUUGAUGGAGGUAAAGAAGAAGCUCCUUGAUGAUGAUGAUCCAGUGCCUAGUAGUCUCGUGGUCUCUGCCCCUCCCGGGUGCGGGAAAACCACCUUGGUUACUCAGCUUUGUCAUGAUGACGAGGUUAAAGAAAAGUUCGAGUAUAUCUUCUUUUGUGUCGCGUCAAGUGCUCCAACCUUUAGGAACAUAGUACAGAAUUUACUCGAGCACAACGGUUACGAAGCACCUGCAUAUGAGAACGAUUCUCAAGCUGUUGAUGGCUUAAGAAAGCUGCUCGAGGAACUUAAAGAAGAUGGUCCUAUAUUGUUGGUGCUGGAUGAUUUGUGGCAAGGAGCAGAGUCCUUUCUUCAGAAAUUUCAGAGUACCUGAACGACCUGGCUUUCCUUAAUCUUUAUAAACUUUUCCCUAUCUGGAGAACUGGCGGCUUAGACAUCAGUUUUGGUUCCAGUUACAUGUGGAUCAUGUGGAUGCUAGUCUCUGAGAAAUUGCUUAACGUUAUUCCUUUUGGGAUACAUGAACACGAAGACAGUUUCUACAAUGAUUUCUUGGUCACUCGACAUAGUAUUCUGAGGGACUUGGCUCAAAGCAAAUCUGAGGAACACCAUGAAAGAGAAAGGCUCAACCUGGAGAUAAGAGAGGAUGCAUUUCCAGAUUGGUGUUUGGAUCUAAAGCAGCCUAUAAGUGCUCGUCUUUUGUCUAUCUCUGCCGAUUGGAUGUUCUCAUCGACUUGGGUUGAAAUGGAAUGCCCCAAUGUUGAGGCUUUAGUUCUUAAUCUCUCCUCAUCAAGCUAUGCAUUACCAAACUUCAUUACUACAAUGAAGAAACUGAAGGUUGUAAUUAUCAUAAAUGACGGUCAUUAUCCUGCAAAAUUGACCAACUUGUCGUGUCUCAGCUCGUUACCCAACCUAAAACGGAUCAGAUUUGAGAAAAUUUCAAUCAAUUCGCUGGACAUUCUCCUAUCACCACUCUGCAGUCUCGAGAAGCUAUCUAUGUUCAGGUGCAGAUUCCGUGAGGUUUCCUACAAUAUAGAAGAUAUAGCCAUCCCUGAAGCUCUACCGAGCUUACAAGAGAUUGACAUAGAUCAUUGCUAUGAUCUUGAUGAGUUACCGGCUUGGGUCUCUGAAGUUGUUUUACUGAAGAAACUUAGCAUCACGAACUGUGGCAAGCUCUCUGUACUUCCAAAGGCUUUAGGUAACUUGAGUUAUGAGCUGCCUGAAUCGAUUGAGAGACUCGGUAAUUUACGGCUUCUGGAUAUUUUGAUAAGGAUGUGUCCGGGAUGCGAAUUACCAGAUCCAGUGAGUAGUUCAGAGAGUUCAGAGGUAGACUGUGAUGAAGACCAGAAUGAGGAAUCUGAGAGUGUAAUAUAGCAGUUUUGCUGAAAAACAUGCUGUUUUGCAAAGGCUAAGGAAAGGGGAGAAAGAGAGAGAGUGAGAAGCUGAACCAGAAUCAAUGGCUUCCAGGUACUGGGUGUGGUCUCUUACAGUGAAAGACCCAACGAGUAUCCUAUUCCUAUAUAGUUGUAUAAAUAAAUGUGUAUGUAGACGUCCACGGGUAUGUUUGUUAUUAUAACCAUUGACUUGUUGGUUAAAUAACCUUUCAUUUUUCAGUUUCCCGAACUUACAAACGGUUACUUUCUGUUAUCUAAGAUAUUUAUUUAAGUCUGUGUUG